CUCUCUAGUUUGUUUAUGUUUGUGCAAUGAAUUUACAGCAUGUCUUCGUUUAGAUAUAAUCUAUUGAGGAGUGUAAAACCAUACACUCCUUUUACUCCUCAGUUGACCAAAUCUAUGUUACGAGUCCUUAUUCAAGUAUCUGUGCAUUUUAUUGAAACAAAAAAGUCAUCUUCUGAAGUACUUUCGCUGGCACUAAACAAACUUACAAAUGCUGGUCACAAAAUUCCACCAAACUUUUGUGAACUUUUUACUAUGGUAUUUCUGAUGAUGCAAACCUUUCUAAGGUAUCCCAAGGGCGUUGUAAAACACCAUGAGCUUCGAAAGUGUUUAAUAGACGACUUAAAUUUUUCAGAAGAGUUCGUUGAUGAUAUUUGCAAAGUUUUAUUAAACCAUCGAGAUGUUCUUAGCAAAAACUUUUCUGAAACUAAAAUGGACCGCGUAAAAAUGUCAAAAUUGCAAUGGAGAAUAAAUAUUUCAUUAUCUCUUAAUACUGUGCAAAUCGAUAAGCCGACUAUAGUCCUCCACUUUAAACUCCAGAAUAGAGAAUUUCGAACUUUAGAAUUACCGCUAUCUAUGUUCCAACAAGUGCGGUAUAAUAUUGCCCUGCUACUCAACGAGUUACAAUCGUUGCAAAGCCGAGCUGCUUUAAAAUAACUCAAAUUAAAUGUACGCAUUAGUUUAAUUAUUUAGCUUGUUCGUACCCAAUUAAUAUAAAUAAAUAAAUAAUAUUAAUA